AUGAUAAAACUCAUUGUAAUUAGUAUCUUGUUUAUUUUUAUCAAUGGUGAACUUGAAACAACAAGUUUCUGUACAGAUCGUAAUGCAACUAGUAAAUCUGUGAUUGAUUUUUGUAAAUCUCAAAAUGGUUCAUUAGAAUUUCGAUGUUGUUAUAUAUCGAAUUCUAAUAAUAUUUUGGCUAUUGAUUUAACAGAAAUGAAUUUAAACAAAGUACCUGAUUUAAAGGAAUUUACGAAUUUAAUAAAUGUAACAAUGAUAGAUCUUCGAUUAAAUCCUCAACUUAAAUCUUCAGAAAAAGAAGAUUUUCUUAGCAUGAAAUAUCUUGAUUAUCUUUUCUUACCUGAACAAUAUCCAUGUCCUGGUGAAAAGCAUGUUUGGCAAGUAAUUAAUAAAACAAUUGAUCCAAUAGGUAUUCUUUGUAUGCAUCAAAAAGAUUUUUGUACAAAUUCAACUGAUAAAUGUGUUGAAUCAAAUUCAUAUUGUUCUUUAAAUGGACCUAAUCAUUUUUUAUGUUUAUGUAAAAAUGGUUAUUAUGGUUAUAAAUGUUUACGAUAUGGACAAUUUCCAGUACGAAUAUUUUUUGGUAUAGCUAUAACUAUUACUGUGGUUUUAAAUAUUCUUAAAGCCAUAUCUGAAUCAACUUCUACUAAUAAGAAAAGUGAUAAAAGUAUUUCUUCAAUAAUGAAAGCUGCUCAACAAAAUGGUUAUGGAGAAGUACGUCAUGUUUUAACACUUCGUCAUGAUGUACUUGUACCACUUGAAUUAUCAUCAAAACAAAUUCUUGUUCAAGUACAUGCUGCAUCAAUCAAUCCAAUUGAUUGA